AUGACUUACAACAAUCUUACACCUCUUGAUUAUGCUAAAACUGCUGAAAAAGCUAAAACUAUUGAAAUUCUUAAACGCCACAUAGUUCAAAUGAAAACCGCAAAUUUAUAUAAUGGACGUGUGAAAAAUGAAGAAUUCUGUUUAAAAUUAGAAAUCAAAGAAGAGGUUAAUGACGAAUUAUUAUAUGAAGUGGAUUCGAAAAAUAAUGAAAUAUGUGACAAUAUUAGUGAUAAUAAGUUACAUUCAGAAUUAAUUUUAAAAGAUGAAAGCUAUGAUGCAAUAUUUGAAGAAGCUGAAACUGAUUUAAAUUAUCAUGAAUUGUUAAAGGAAAAUUAUUUUUGUGAUAAAAUUUUUACAACUGAAAUUGAAUUACGUAACCAUGAAAAAUUACUCAAGCAUAAAUUGUAUUCAUGUGAUGUGUGUGAUAAAAAGUUUAAGCAACAACAUUAUUUAACUGUUCAUAAACGAACACAUACUGGAGAAAAACCAUUUGGUUGUGAUAUUUGUAAUAAAAAAUUUAUCCAAAAACACCAUUUAGUUCUACAUAAACGAUCACAUACUGGAGAAAAACCAUUUGGUUGUGAUAUUUGUAAUAAAAAAUUUAGCCAAAAACACCAUUUAGUUGGACAUAAACGAACACAUACUGGAGAAAAACCAUUUGGUUGUGAUAUUUGUAAUAAAAAAUUUAUCCAAAAACACCAUUUAGUUCUACAUAAACGAUCACAUACUGGAGAAGAGAUAUUCUCGUGUGAUGUUUGUGAUAAAAAAUUUAACUUAAAACAGAAUUUAGUUCGACAUAAACGAUUACAUACUGGGAAAGAAUCAUUCUCAUGUGACGAAUGUGAUAAAAAAUUUAACAUAAAACAGAAUUUAGUUCGACAUAAACGAUUACAUACUGGAGAAGAGACAUUCUCGUGUGAUGUUUGUGAUAAAAAAUUUAACAUAAAACACAAUUUAGUUCUACAUAAACGAAGACAUACUGGAGAAGAGACAUUCUCGUGUGAUGUUUGUGAUAAAAAAUUUAACAUAAAACACAAUUUAGUUCUACAUAAACGAAGACAUACUGGAGAAAACCCAUUUUCUUGUGAUGUUUGUGAAAAAAAAUUUAAUAGAAAAGACAAGUUAGUUCUACAUAAACGAUCACAUACUGGAGAAAAACCAUUUAGUUGUGAUAUUUGUAAUAAAAAAUUUAUCCAAAAACACCAUUUAGUUGGACAUAAACGAACACAUACUGGAGAAAAACCAUUUGGUUGUGAUAUUUGUAAUAAAAAAUUUAUCCAAAAACACCAUUUAGUUGGACAUAAACGAACACAUACUGGAGAAAAACCAUUUGGUUGUGAUAUUUGUAAUAAAAAAUUUAUCCAAAAACACCAGUUAGUUCUACAUAAACGAUCACAUACUGGAGAAGAGAUAUUCUCGUGUGAUGUUUGUGAUAAAAAAUUUGUUCACUCACAACUUUUAAUUCGACAUAAACGAACACAUACUGGGGCAAAACCAUUUUCAUGUUAUAUUUGUGAAAAAAAAUUUAAACACCAAUGCGUUUUAGUUGCACAUGAACGAAUUCAUACUGGAGAAAAACCAUUCUCUUGUGAUGUUUGUGAGAAAAAAUUUAACAUAAAACAGAAUUUAGUUCGACAUAAACGAUUACAUACUGGGAAAGAAUCAUUCUCAUGUGACGAAUGUGAAAGAAAAUUUAACUCAGAACACCAUUUAAUUAAACAUAAACUAAAAAUACAUAAUACAGAAAAACCAGCCCCGUGUGAUGGUCAUAAUAAAACAUUUAAGUUUAAGAAGAGUUUAGUAAAACAAAGACUUGUACAUUUAAGACCACCAACACCUCCAUACGUAUGUGAAGAUUGUGAUCUAAUUAUUACCAAUCAAAAUGAAUUAAAAGAU